AUGGAUAAUCAUACAUACAAUUUCUUUAUUUUGACUUUUACUACGUCCUCGGAGUAUAAGCCACUUUUAUCUGCUUUCUUUGUCCUGAUAUACCUGACUGGAGUGAUAGCAAAUUCUACCACCAUCACAGUGAUAUACAGAGAUCAGCACUUACACACCCCCAUGUAUCUAUUCCUCUGCAAUCUAUCCAUCGUAGACCUUUGCUACACAACCACCACUGUCCCUAAGUUGGUCCACAUGUUUCUGAGCGGUGACUAUACAUUGACCUGCACCCAAUGUUUCAUCCAGAUGUAUGUCUUCCUACAUGUGGCUACUACAGAGGAUCUACUGCUCUUCAUUAUGGCUUAUGAUCGAUAUGUCGCCAUUUGUAACCCUCUUCAUUAUCAUCGUAUUUUAAAGAAGAAGAACUGUAUCCUGCUCAUGGUAUUUGCCUGGGUUACUGGCUUCUUAAAUUCGUCUUUUGCAACGCUAACUUCAUCUAAAUUACCUCUGUAUACAAAUACGGUCCCUCAGUUCUUCUGCGAAUUCAAAGCCUUUGCCAAAAUUUCUUUUCCCAAUGCAGGUUUUCAGCUAUUUACCUACAUGGAAGUUGUAAUAUUCGGCUUUGGCCCUUUUGUGUGCAGUAUAAUAUCAUAUAUUAUGGUUAUCAUUGUUAUCUUACGUAUUAAAUCUAAAGAUGGGAGAAGAAAGGCUUUCUCUACUUGCUCGUCCCACCUCAUAGUCCUCUCCAUGUUCUAUGGCACCUGGAUGUCUGUAUAUAUUAUGCCACCAUUAAAAGAUACCCGGGUCUUCGAACUGACACUCUCUAUCCUGUAUUCUACCAUUACUCCCAUGUUAAACCCUCUGAUAUACAGCGUACGGAAUAAAGAUGUGAGGAGAGCUCUACUGAAACUGGUGAGGUACAAAGUCAGAAGAGAAGAGUCAAUCAUUAGGAGUAUACAUUUAAUUUGA